UCACGUUUCCUGUUAAACAUGGCGGCGACCUUGUGUGUAAAAUUAUUACCGAAACAGGGAUGGCUUCCCCUGACACAGAGUGUUCGGCACGGCUCCAAGGCUGUGACUCGCCACAAGAGACCGAUGCACAUCCUCAAACAGAAGCUCAUGGCUGUUACGAAGUACAUUCCUCCUGCACCGCUUGCUCCUCCAGGCGCUUAUCCGUCCAAAAGCAAAAAAGUUCAGGAGGAUAAUCCUUUGAUGUUAGUCAUGAAGAGAGAUCUGAAGAAGGUGUUCCGGGAAUGUAAGAUGAUCGCAGUGGUCCAGAACAGCGCCUGUAAUGCUGAAGACAUGCUGAUUCUCAAACACAGACUUUAUAAACACGACAUCUCUGUCAAGUUCUUCUCAAACCAGGUGGUGCGGUCGUUCCUGAACGACAGCAUUUACUCCAACAUGGCUCCUCUGUUCAUCGGUCCUACAGUUCUGAUCGUUAGUAAAGAGCCGAAGGCCAAGGAGAUGCUGAGGACUCUGAGGGCCAGCCCACAGAUGACACUCCUGGGGGCCUGUAUAGAGAACACGCUGCUGAGUGCACAGGGAGUGGUCAACUUCUCGAAACUGCCGUCAGUCAGCGUUGUUCGGGGCGAGCUGGUCGGCGGGCUGACGAUGCUGACCUCCCGCACGGCCUCCAUGCUGCAGCACCACCCGGCCCACCUGUCGGCUCUGCUCCAGCAGUACGUCAAGCAGCAGAGCUCGGACGACAGCGCAGAGGGAGCUCCUAAAGCAGAGGAAGCCACGUAGAGCUCCAGAGGACAUGAAUGAGACUGUUGCGUCGCAGAUUCCCAGCUGCUUGGAAUGAGGAGGGACUGAUGGUGGAUGCAUACUUCAGAAUUUAUUAGAAUUUAGCACCAACGUUCCAGGCAAAUUUUGAAGAGUGGAAAAAAGAUCUUAAAUUUAAAGUGGAGCAGUUCAAGUGGUGCUUAAUUCAACUAAGUCAUAUGAAGUGCAUCCACCCAUAGAAGCACUGUGGCUGCUGUGAAUGAAGUCGUCUGCAGAACUGACUGUUUGUGGUGCUCAUUGCAGCAAAUAUGUCAGUGUUCCCCAAACAAAGCCUUUAUUUAAGGAUAUAGUCACCUAUGAAUAAACUAUGUCAACACAAUCUGUUGUUCAGUCUCGUG